AAAGGGGAAGGAUGGAAACAGGAAAUAAGUUGGGAAUGUGCUUGAAGGUCCCGCGGCAGCGGCGGACGAUCCCGGCUUGGACGAAGAGCAGCAAGAAGGGGAGGGAGAUUCGGCUACAUCCGCCCCUGUGCGGUCUCUUUUCCUGCGCGCUUCCGGGUUCCACUUCCCGCCUAAGACCCGAGGCGGGGCGCUCCACGGCCUCCGCCCCGCCCCACCCCACCCCACCGCUCCCGGUUUUGGACCCCUGCGUGCCCGGGCACUGUGGUGGAGGCUGCUGUGACGCCCGGCGCUGAUUGGCUGUUUCGGGGGCGGGGCGGUGGGAGACGUUCGACCUCUGCGGGUCCUGGUCUUUCCCACCAUGUCGUUUGUGGAAAGCGGGACAAGUUUGGCGCCGCGGCAUCGCCGCCUGGCCACGCCAGCUCCUCUCUCUCGAUCUGUGUAUUCAGCCUUCAGUCAAGGAGAUAGUUGGGGUGAGGGCGAAGUAGAUGAAGAGGAGGGAUGUGACCAGGUGGCCCGCGACUUGAGGGCGGAGUUCUCGGCGGGCGCGGCAUCCGAGCCUCGGAGGGCCACACUCCGGCCGCUGGACGGGGACGGGUCGCCAGUGCUGCGCGACAAGCGCAACGGGGUCUUUCCAGUGGGCGCGGGCAGCCGGGCGCAGGCUCGGCGGUGGCCCGUCCAGCUCCUCUCUAUUGUUUGUUCGCUGCUGUUCGCCGCCCUCCUGGCUUUCCUCCUCGCCAUCGCCUACUUGGUCGUUAAAGAGUUGCAUGCUGAAAAUUUGAAGAAUGAAGAGGAUGUAGAUACUGGGCUAUUAGGAUUCUGGACUCUGCUUAUAGUAUCCCUAACUGCUGGAUUCUCCUGUUGCAGCUUUUCUUGGACUGUGACUUAUUUUGAUUCUUUUGAACCAGGAAUGUUUCCUCCUACUCCUCUUUCACCUGCCAGGUUCAAGAAACUCACUGGACAUUCUUUCCACAUGGGGUACAGCAUGGCGAUUUUGAAUGGCAUUGUAGCUGCUCUUACUGUGGCAUGGUGCCUCCUGUAAACCCACACUGGAAUAAUACUUUUGGCAAAAGUCAUGAUUGUUUUGUAAUAACAGAAAAGAACAUCAUUACCUACUCAGAAGACUUAGGAAACUAUUAUGUGGCUCAAAUACAUGUCAUCAUCGUCAUCAUUGUGGAGGACCUUUCAAAGCAUUAUUCUAGAGUCUAGGCAUUAGGGAAUAGUUGAGUGUGAAGUUUCGAGUACUUUCUUAGAAGUAUAAGAUGUUUACCUCAUCUUUUUAUUUUGGUGUGGUAGUUCUUACCAGUUUUAGAGAACAUUUUAAUGGAGAUCAAACUUGGAAAACUGACUAUAGGCCAAGGACUACCUUACCAUAUAUAUACAACA